ACAAUAAUAAGAAAAAUAAUUAAGGGGAAGAGUGAGUGGGAGAGAGAAAAAGAAACGACAAAUCUAGAAAAGAAGUCGGUAUGGUAUCUUGGUUUGGUGGUGUGUAUAAAAAGCAGAGUCUCUGCUUUAACAUUUCAAUUCAUUAAAGAAAAACACAAGAAAGAAGAAACAACAAACAGAGCUUGCUUGUUAUUUCCUUCUUCCAUGGCUGCUACACAAGCAAGCCUCCUCCUUCAAAAGCAACUCACAGAUCUCUACAAAACUCCUGUGGAUGGAUUCUCAGCAGGAUUGGUUGACGAAAGCAACGUCUUUGAAUGGAGCGUCACGAUCAUGGGACCCGCGGAUACUCCCUAUGAGGGUGGUUUCUUUAAUGCCAUAAUGAGUUUCCCCUCCAAUUACCCAAACAGCCCACCAACAGUGAGAUUUACAUCAGAGAUGUGGCAUCCUAAUGUUUAUUCCGAUGGUAAGGUUUGCAUUUCAAUUCUCCAUGCUCCUGGUGAUGAUCCAAAUGGCUAUGAGCUUGCAAGUGAGCGCUGGAGUCCAGUUCAUACGGUUGAGAGUAUAGUUUUGAGCAUUAUAUCAAUGCUUUCUAGCCCCAACGAUGAAUCCCCUGCAAAUGUCGAAGCUGCGAAAGAAUGGAGAGAAAGAAGAGGCGAAUUCAGGAAGAAAGUCAGUCGCUGUGUCAGAAAAUCACAAGAAAUGUGUUAACUUUCCUUAAAUAUCAUCUCCAGAUGUUUCUGUAAGCCUCUCUAUGGAUCUAUGUAGACGAUUUCCAUCAGAUCUUCAAACAUUCAUCUUUUUAGAGAUUUUAAUUUUAUUUAUUAACAAUUAUUCUUAAACAACCGUUCUUGUCUUUGCACAUUCUUAAGUAAUGAACAAUAGUUAUCAUAUUCUAUGUU